GCAAACAAGGGCAGUCGCCUGGAAGGAAGAGUCACAGUGCAUCCGGAACAGAACGCCGGCAAUCGACGAGGUCGAGGGCGAGGCGGCGGUCGCAAUCAAGCACGCCAUGUCACUAAAACUGAUGGGGAGCUCAAGAUAAGCGUCAAAGUAGGAGAUUCUUUGAACGUUAAUCAAUCUCAUUGUAGACUUCCAAGUACCAGAUCAUUUUCAGGAAAACUCCAACACACCCAAGCACCCACGAAAUACGCGACAGAGUGCGAAAUCUUCUUCGAGUAA